AUGCCAGAAAACCCGUCCCUCUCCUCUCGAGUCCGAGGCUCCUUCGUCGGCCUCGCAGUCUGCGACGCAUUAGGAGGGCCUGUCGAAUUCAAGAAGCGUGGUGAAUUCCCCAAGGUGACUACCAUGUUACCGAAUGAGAGUUGUGGCAUCGGGCCGGGCUAUUUCACAGACGACACAUCAAUGGCGUUAUGCCUCGCUCACUCCUUGGUCGACUGCCACGGGAGGUCCAACCUGGUCGACCAGGUUCGAAGGUACAUUGACUGGUGGAAGAAAGGGUAUAUGUCAUCCACCGGCACUUCGUUCGGCAUCGGAGUGUCCACAGCCAGCACACUGGAGCAAUGGUCGAGCGAGCUCGAAGCAAGAUACAACCAACUGCAAGCCGACUCGAUGGAGGCACAGGAAGCGGUUCGUGCCAUUCAGAAGAAUAUCAGGGACGCCUUUUUGGAAGAGAAGUUCUGCGGAAACGGCAGCUUGAUGAGAGUGCUGCCAGCUGCACUUGUUGCCCGGAGCGAGCCAGAAGCUGUCGAACUCGCGCGAGAAAGUUCAUUGCCUACCCACCCUCACCUGCGAUGUGUGCAUGCAUGCAUGAUCUACGCUAGUCUGGUCUACCAAGCUCUCAACGGGGCCACCAAGUCCGAACUGGCCGUCAGCCUGGGCGAGACCAUGAACGAUGCAUCAGGCAACAUCUCCGAUUACCCUUUGGAACCGGCCCUCAAGCAACGUCUCGAAAGGUACCGGACACUGGGCGAUUGGGAGGCGACAGCGUCGGAAGAUAUUCGUAGCACGGGCUAUGUCGUCGACAGUCUGGAGGCGUCUCUCUGGUCUUUCUUCAAGACAGAUGGUUUCGAAGACGGCGCCAUACUUGCAGUCAACUUGGGCGACGAUGCGGACACUGUGGGUGCAAUCUAUGGAGGACUCGCUGGAGCAUUCUACGGCGUUGAUGCAAUCCCUGACCGAUGGCGACAAGAUUUGCAGAGAAUGGAUCUGGUUGACGAGGCUGUGGAGAAAAUCCUCGCAUUCAGAACUCAUACUGUGUAA